UACUUCCGCUCUCCCCAAGACCUCUGGCGAGUUACCAUAACAACAGCGACGCGUGAAAACCUGAAGCUUCCCGCCGAAGCUUCCCCAAUCAUCUGCGACAAUUUUCGAUACGCGGCAACUGUUUGCAGAAACGUCACUUCCGAUUACCGAGGCCACGAGCUGUUUAGCAUGCGUGCGCAAUAUUUCUUGCGUCUCCAAGGUUACUUUCGUUCAGUCCUCGGGAUACGUCUAUUGUGAACCCGGAAGUGAAGGUUCUGAGGGGGAGAAAACAGCAGCUGAAGAUGUUCAGCUUCUUCCGAAAAAGCCAGGAUACUAAGAAGAUACUAGUGUCAGAAAAAGAAACAGAUGGAUUUGUUCUUCUAGACAGCACAACCAGUGAAGAAAGAAAUGAAUUUAAAGAUAAAAUUUCUUACAGCCACGGGCUUGACCAGACUUCACAGAAAAAUUCAAACGGUGGAUCAAAUUUGACUGAAGCAGGCACUGCAGUCAGGACAGAGAAAAAUCACAAUGUGGACAACAAUCCUUUUAUGUCAGAACUUCUUAGUGAUGUACCUUUCACUCUUGCACCACAUGUGCUAGCUGCCCAAGAUGCCUGUAGUGACUUACCCCAACAGUUGCUCUCCUAUGAUGUUAAUGAUAGUCUAACAAGAUUUUGGUAUGAUUUCACGCUUGAAAAUUCAGUGUUGUGUGAGUCUUAGUGACUGAAUCAUUUAAGUAUGUACCUUGAUCACUUGAACUAAAAUUGUAUAUGUGUGUUAUGUAACUUUGUGUGAUGCAUCAUCUGCAUAAUGUUAAAAAUGAACACUUCACAUCCUCUGUGGAAUUUCUUAAAAUAAACUGAAGCAACUAAGUCAAAGCUGGCUAUUCAGUUACAAUAAUCAGGCUGCAAUUUUAACUCCUUUAAAACAAUCCAGCAGCAUUUGUGUUAUAUUUUAAUUCCUUAUAGGCUGUGCAGGUGCUGACAUAUCUGGGUUUAGUAUUUCAGUGGGAGAUGAAUUACGUAUGACAUUAGUCUCAAUUACCCUUUGAUUUGUGAACAGGAAAUGUGCACAGGAAAGCAUAUGAAUCAGUUAAUUUUAUUGGCACAGCCCACAAAAUAUCUAGUAUUGUAUAACUUUGUAGAAAUGUUGUUCAUUACCUAAUUCCAUUUUAUCCCUGUACACAGUUGAUUUGGCUCUUCCGCAGUGCUGAAUGGUAGCUGCCAUGCUGGCUCCAGUUUGGGAGGCAUAAAAUACAUCCUAGAAAUGUGCUCAUUUCCACAUGUGCUUGUAGUUUAUAUGUUGAUUAGGGGGUUUUUUUCCCAUUGAAGACCUCUGAAUGUCCUAAAGAGAGAAAUCUGGAUGUGUGUUUACAUAUGUUUUCUUAUUGGUUUACCGUCACUUUUUUAAUAUUUGUGCAUCAGUUAUCAAAAUUGAUAGGGUUUAGCUAUAGGUAAAGAUCAAAUAGUCUUGUCCAACUAAGUUAGACAUAAGACUAUCGAAGUAUUCAUUUUAAGUUCUAGGUCUGUUCUUCCAGUUAAAAUCUAGCUAAGCUUUGCUUGUUUAUGAUUAUUGUGGAUACAUCUAUACUGUGCCAAAGAUGAGUCUCAUAAGAAAUAUUUUGUAUGGUUAUCUCAGAAGCUUAAAGAAAGAUUUUCCACAAUACUCUGUACUAUGUUUAUGAUAAUUAGAUCCUGUAGAUCCAUUCCCCUAACAGCAGUGCUUUCCCUGAUACAAAGAGUAAGCACCAGGGGAAAGUGCUGCUAGAACUAGAACGGAUCCAUAGGUGUAAUCAGUGGUAACUGUUUUAAAAGGCUCAUGUGUGCAUUUUUUCCCCUUGGAAAACAUUUUCAUGCUUUGUAUAUCAGGCUUUGAAAUAUGUAUGUCAUGCUUUGAAACAUUUUUGUGUAUGCAUAUGUGUGGUGAAUAAAAACUGUGAUUAAAUGUGCUGUUUCAGAAACUGGAAAUAUAUCACCUUAUUCCACAUUAUACAGCCAAGUUUAUUGUGAUGUUAUUGGAGAUACUGAGCAAUUUUUAAAAAGUAAAAUCUGUAAACAAUAGGUGGCUGUUCAUAUUCAAUAAUUUGUUAUAAAUAAUCUAUAUUAAUCUGUGUAGUGUUGCAUGUACAUCAGCAGCACGAUUGGAUUCUGUAUUCUAAGAUAUCUUUUAUAUGUGAGAAAAUAAAUAUACAGCUUUAAUUCUGCAGUUA